AUGGUGAACGUACCAAAACAGCGCAGAACAUACUGCAAAAAAUGCAAGUGCCACAAGAUUCACAAGGUGUCUCAGUACAAAAAGUCCAAAGAAAGGCACGCUGCGCAGGGUAGGAGGCGUUACGACCGUAAACAGCAGGGAUAUGGUGGACAAUCCAAACCCAUUUUCAAGAAAAAGGCCAAAACUACUAAGAAAAUCGUAUUGCGUUUGGAAUGUGCUGACUGUAAAGUAAGGUCUCAAGUAGCACUCAAGCGUUGUAAGCACUUUGAGCUGGGAGGAGAUAAGAAGAGGAAGGGACAAAUGAUCCAGUUCUAG